AUGCCCCGGCUUCCCUUCGUGACCUUGGAUGUCUUUACCCAGACGCGGUAUGCUGGGAACCCUCUCGCGGUGGUCCGAGUACCGGCAGACACGAAGGAUGAUGUCUCGGGGGAGCAGAUGCAGAGGAUUGCGAGGGAGUUCAAUCUGAGCGAGACGAUUUUCUUACACGAGGAUGGGGAGCAGGAAGGGGAGUGGAGGGUGAGGAUUUUCUUGACGGAUAGGGAGAUUCCUUUUGCUGGUGAGUCUUUCCAUUUUCUUACGGGUCCCUUUUUGGUCCCUUUUUUUGGUUUGCACGAUGAGGAAGGACGGAGAGGUUGACAAGAUGUAAAAAGGUCAUCCAACCAUCGGCUGCGCAGUCUACGCUCUCAGCACCCUCUCCCCAACCCACUCCCAAGGCCGCUUCAUCGCCAACGCAGGCCCCAUCGACUUGCAAUACGCCAACGGAACAGCAUCCGCCUCGAUCCCUCACAAUUUCCACCUCCACACCCAACACGCCCGCAACUGCGAAGAGGUCCUCAACAUCCAACCCGCUUUGAAAACCACCCUCACCUCCCCCGUUCCCAUCGACCUCAUCAGCCCCGUCAAGGGAAUGAACUUCCUCGCAAUCAACCUGCCCACCCUCGAUUCUCUCGCGAGAGUCACCACUUCUGCCACCGGCCCCACUUCGACCCCCGACGAUGAAUGGCAAGCCGCUUUCACGGGCACUUACUUCUACGUCCACUUACCCUCCGAUCCCGACACCGACACCAUCCGCCUCCAAGCCCGAAUGAUCGCGGGACCCCUCGAAGACCCGGCGACGGGUUCCGCGGCUUGUGCUCGAGCCUGCCACCUCGCUCUCCUCCAGCGAAAACAGGCAAAUACUCGCACGACGACUCCCUACGAAAAAUCACACAGGGCCUCGAAAUCGGCCGCAGAUCGGACAUCGGCGUCACGGUCGCCCUGAACGCUACUCGUGAUGCGAUCGAACGAGUCGUGCUCCGUGGCGAGGCGGUGAAAGUCAUGGAAGGUAUUGUCGAAUGUUGA